GGCUGAAGGAAGACCAAGAAACUGAUCCAGAAUUGAAAUUUCUUAUAGAAUGGAAAAGAGAAGGAGAAAGACCAAGCUGGGAAAGAGUGUGCCAUCUUAACCCUAAAAUCAAGUCGUACUGGGCCCAGUGGGAUUCCUUGGUUUUAGAUGACGAUCUGCUGAAAAGAUCCGUAGAGAAUAUCGAUGGUACGGAAACCAGACAUCAGCUGGUAGUCCCAAGAAGCCGAGUACCAGAAAUACUAAAGAAGUUACAUGACGGAACUUCUGGUGGUCAUUUUGGCAUCAAAAAGACAUUGGAAAAAGUAAGAGAACGUUUUUUCUGGAUAAACUGUAAAGAUGACGUAAAAGAAUGGUGCCGCAAGUGCCAGUUAUGUGCCUCCGCAAAUGGACCGAGGGGAAGACGUAGAGCACCCAUGAGGAAAUAUAAUGUAGGUAGUCCCUUAGAACGCGUGGCGAUCGAUAUUGCGGGCCCAUUCCCAGAAACUGAUGAAGGAAACAAAUACAUAUUGGUAGCGAUGGAUUACUUCACCAAAUGGGUCGAAGCCUAUGCCAUCCGAAACCAAGAAGCCGCCACAGUUGCAGAAGUUCUGAUCAAAGAGAUGUUCAGUCGGUUUGGAGUCCCACUAGAACUACACUCCGACCAAGGACGGAACUUUGAAUCCGACCUAUUUAAAAAUGUCUGUGAGUUAUUAGGGAUCCGCAAGACAAGGACAACAGCUCUCCACCCACAGUCCGAUGGAAUGGUUGAAAGAAUGAAUAGGACUGUAGGAAAAUAUCUGACUAAAGUAGUCUCUGACCAUCAAAGGGACUGGGAUAAAUAUCUGCAUCUGUUUACAAUGGCUUAUCGAUCAUCAGUACAAGAAUCAACAGGAGAAACUCCAGCAUGUGUAAUGUUCGGUCGAGAGAUACGGUUGCCAUGCGAUCUCGAGUUUGGAUGCAAACCUGGUGAGGAUGUAGUUGGUGAAGCCUUUGUCAACCGUCUGAAGAAAAGACUACAUUAUAUUCAUGAAAGAGUGAGAGAGAAUUUACAGAUAGCAAGUGAUCGCAUGAAGACCCGCUACGACAUUAAAGCAUCCGAGGGAGGUUUCAAUAUUGGUGAUUUGGUGUGGUUGUACAACCCUCAGAGGAAACGAAGACUAUCACCAAAGUUGCAAAGAGAUUGGGAAGGCCCAUAUAAAGUGAUCAAGAGGAUAAACGAUGUUGUGUAUCGUAUCCAGAGUUUCCCCAAGGGUAAAAAGAGAGUAGUCCAUGUGAACCGCUUGGCGAAAUACGAGGCUGACUACUUUAUUCCAGACGGCAACCGAGUUAGACGAACAAUAAGUGAGGAGUACGAAGACAUGAGUUUUGAGACCUUCAUGGCUAACUAUGGUGGUACCGGCAAGGCAAGAUUCGGGGUUACCAUCGAAGAGCAGCGAGAUCUUUUUUUAGUGCCAGGAGACUACUCACUAGCCCACUGUGUAGCACAAGAUCUGCGUAUGUCCAGAGGGAUAGCCGUAGUCUUCAGGAAGAAGUUUGGCCGUGUGAGCGAGUUGGUCCGACAGAAACCUCAACUUGGGAAGGCGUUGAAGCUAUUCGACCGUCAACGGUUCCUGUUCUAUCUAAUAACUAAAGAACUCUCCCACAAAAAACCGAGCUAUCAAGAAUUAUGGAGAACUUUGUUGAGUUUAAGGGAAGAGAUAAUGAAGCACAAUGUAAAGAAAUUGGCCAUUCCAAAGUUGGGUUGUAGUUUGGAUCAACUCAAUUGGCGAAUUGUUCGUAAUAUGCUUGAAUUCAUUUUUCAGGGAACCGGGCUGCAAAUUCUGGUAUGCACCUUAAAUAAAAUCACUAAUCCUGAGAAGACUGUUGGGUGCUAUUUCCAUCAUCAAGGAAACUGCAGAAAUGGAGAAUCCUGCCGAUUUAGUCACCGUACCGAACAUGUUCAGGGACUGAACAGCCUAGGAAGGAGGCAGUGUAACGAGAUCGCGAGCCCUACGCCACUGCGUUCUUCUGGAACAGACUCGAAGCGUCCAGGCAAAGCUAGAACGAUCGAGUGUCUUCUAGAGAGAGAUGCCAGUAGUAUUUAA